AUGCCAAUUGAACGAGACAAGUCCAAGGUGGACUUCACCAAGGAUGGUAAUUAUAAAUUUUUCCCAGAUGAGCCUCUAGAUAAGUUGCAUGCCGACAAGUUUGCGUCUAAGGAGCCAUCUCAGUUCUAUGACCCCUGUGCCGAGGCUUCGAAGAUGAGUCUCAACUGUCUGGAGAGAAACAAUUAUGACAAGUCGGCCUGUCUGACGUAUUUCCAGGCAUAUCGCGAUUGCAAGAAGACCUGGCAAAGAGCCCGUAAGGCUGCCGCUUACGGUGCAUCCUCUUCUUCCUCGUAG